AUGCCUCGAGAAGAUAAGGGAUCGACCCUGCCACCCGAAGUUAAGGUUUUGAUUGACAAAUUGAUUGACGCAGGUUUUAAGCAAAGCAAAAACACAAAUUUUAAACACCCUUUUUCAGAAACCCGAAGAAAAGAGGUUUUAUCCGCUGCCCGCUCAGAAUGGGUUUCUCGUAGUGCAGAAGUAAUGAUGACGAAAUUUCAAACUAUGUUCACAUCGGUUAGACAAAAUUUUUUCGAAAAUAAUGACUGAUUUAACAGGAGCAAUUGGAAAUGAAAUUAGUUGAUUUUUUUAAAAAAACAAUUACGGAAGGUAUGAUUAUUUUUAUUCUGAAAAGAAAACAUUUUUUUAAAGUCACACCGGCUAGAGAAGAUGAGCUCAUGGAUCAUUGUGAAGUGCCACAGAGCGGUUUCUCCGAUGAAAAUAUGGCUGAACUUCAGGUAUUUGGAAGUUUUUUCAGGAGAAAAUGAUAAUUAAUGUUCUGAAAAAUUAUUAUUUCUUUGUUUUUUUUUUGUGGCUUGAAGAUCUCAUUUUGAGGCUGGUGAUGCUGUAGCAGUUAUGAAAUCACCCGCAGAAACAAAACAGACUUUCGAAGUAUCAAACACGCGAGAAGCACACCACAAGUCACAACCAGAAUCUAUAACGAGGUAAUCUUUUGAAUUUAUGAAUUUACUUUAUAAACUACUUUGUAAAUUUAUAUGCGAUGGUUUUCCAAUUUUCCUUUCAAUUUUUUUCAAAUACUAUCAAAUCUGCUGAUCUGAAAAGUUUUACAGAAGCCUCAUGCCAGAUAAUCGAUUCCGAACGCCCCUGGGCAGAACUGUUCAGCUUCCCAAAGUCUUGAAAACUAAGGUCGAUGGAACGGAAAAACUGUAUGUGAAAACAAUAUUUUUGUUCUCAAAUUUUCCGCCGAGUUUUUGUCAAGGAGAAUGAAAAGCUUUGAACGAUCACAAAUUGUUUAGAGAUUUCCGUAGACCGCGAAUAGAUGAAGAAGUAGCGAUUUCUCUGAACGGAUCUCCGAUGGUUCUGUCCGUCAAUAAACUUGCAGGAGCACAGCAAAUUCAAAAGGUUUUUUUUUUGCACAGACUACCAUUAGGAACUGUGAAUUCUCAGUUUAAAUAAUUGUUUUUCUUCUAAAUUACGGGAUCGUGUUAUUGAAAGUCAUAGUGUGAAUAACUUGUGUUUAUUCCCUCAAACUUCUUCUAAAAUUUCAAAAGACGAUUGAGAUAUAUUUUCCGUUGUAUUUGAAAAGGUGGAAAAAGUCUCAUGAUAAUGAUUCGCAAUGCGCACGAAAAAUAAAAUGAAUGAAACAUCAAAAUAACCGAUGAAACCUAACAGUUGAUCUGUGAAAUCGGCUGGAGAUUGUCUGAAUAGACGGUGCUAACCCCCAUUUUUCAUUAAGUAGGUUUUCUUUCAUGUAGUUUGAAUGCCUUUAUUUUUAAUUAUGUGAGUUAUUUAUCUUUUGAGUGGUAACGAGAGAUUCUAUAUUUUAGUAGGGCCAAGUGAUUUCAUAUACGAUGUGUUUGGUUUGAACCAUUAGACGAGCAAAAUCCUAAACUUUCAAAUGUAUUCAAUAAUAGUUUCCCUCUCCAGUUUGUUCCAAAUGGGUAUGACUCUUUAUUUCAGCAUGCUUUGUAAUGAUAAUAUCAAAGAGCUAAGAUGAGGAAAAUCAUAAUUAUGACUUGAGUGAGAUUAUAUUGUGAAAGUUGUGAAAAACAUGAAGGCAUUGAUUUUUCAUCUAACCUCAAAAUGCAUAAUAAUAUUGAAGUUAACGUAAAAAAAAAAACUAUGCCUAUUAUAAACAACCUAUUCCGCUGUUUUAGCUUCUCGAAAAACCACUUCUUGACAUGUUAUAAGACCAAGGUACUUCCCAUUCUAGAAUAUGGUUCGGAACUAAUAUGUCCAUUGACAAAGUCGGAUAUCGAUCGAUUAGAAUCUGUCCGGAGGCGUUUCACGAAGCGCCUUUUCCCAAGAAUGGAAUAUAAUGACGGUUAAAACUUUUAGGUCUUCAACCUCUUUGGUUUAGGCGUUUAGUUAAGGAUCUGGUAUUAUCACAUCAGUUUUUGCAUAAUAAGUGCUGGUCAGACUCUCCCAUCCAGGUACAUAACAUCCUUGACCGUCCCAGUCAACUCAGAGGAAAUGGUUUUAAAUUAAUAAAAACGAAACCUUCACUGGUUCUCUUCAAUUUUUUAUCACAUCGCAUUACUAAUGUUUGGAAUGACAUUGAACAUGAAUUAUUGGCAGAGGAAGACAAGAAAAAAAAUUUAAGGACAUGUUUUUAGUGUAUGCAGAAAACGUUGGCGUCGAGCAUAUUCUUUCAAGUGUUCACAUAUUUGUGCCAUAAUCAACUUGGUUUUAAAUAUUUACUUAUUAUGGCUCUAUUUUUCUUUUCUCACAAAAAAAAACUUCUUUCUUCACAGGUGGGGUUAGUUAAUCCACCUAGUGGUCUUUUUCCCUCCCUGCAACAUCACCAUACCAUCCCGAUGUUGCGAAAAUAAAUUGAAGGUGCCUUAAUCAUGGCUUUUUGAAAAACAAAUUUCGUUUUUUUUACAGCUCUUGGACGCAGAUGAAGCUGUCAUGUCUCCUGAGACUCGACAAGUUGUGAAAAACAUGAAGGCAUUGAUGGAGAAGAAGCUGAAACGGGCCGGCGACGUCCGAAAUCGAAUCGACGACGAUUCUGAAGCUCUUGAGGUGGAAAACGAGAGACAGUCGGCCGUUUGA